UCUUUAUGGUCUUCUUCAUUCCUUCUUUACUAUCCCUUGAUGCUAACUACUGCAAAAGAGCACUUACAGGAGAAUCAGGCAAGAACCGGCCCAAAAGGCUGCAUAUUCACACAAUGUUGGACAAUGUAACAUGCAACAUACCGUUCAGUUUGUGCAUUUUCUUCAUACCUAACACACUCAAACUUGUGCACUGUCACACCCUAUUUCAUAUCUUAUUACUCAAGCUCUUGUGUAUCUGCAGUUAUCAGAAUGUAUUCAGGCCUGAAUGCUAACACUUUUUAAAUAAUUAAUGUAGAAUAGUUUUAAUUUAUAUUGCCUUUUUCCUGCAAAUGGAUCUACUAUGGCAUUCCUGAGCUUAUGCAAAGUCUUGCCCGUUUCUCUGGCAAACAGUUACUGUUUUGCUGAUCAGUUGUGAGCAGUCCCUGAUGCAUAUUCAAUAUCUGUAUCAUCAGAGACAGUCCUAGCUGUUUUGUUGCCUUGAGUAAAAUAUAUUCUGCUGCCCUUACUCCAAAAUUUGCAAGAAAUCAUAUUUAAUACCAUUUUUCUAGAAUUUUAGAAUGCCACAUAUUCAGCUAUUAUGAAAUACAGACUCACAAAAUUCCAGAAAAAUUUGAGAUAAAGUAUUUCUACAUUAUAAAAAUUAAUGUCUUAUUAACAAUGUAAUGAGUGCAGUCACAAACUGGCUCUAAAAUUGCUGCUUCUCCAAUUCUGCUGCUCUGGGCAACUGUCUAGUCUUUGCAUAAGGUAAGCUUCCCUCUAUGCUGUUCUAUAAGGCAUUGAACAUUGUUUCAAGUUUUAAUUGGCUUGUUUAUUCAAUGAGUUAGUUGACUAAACUGUGAAUCAAAAUUACACAUAUGAAUUUUCUCACUCAGAUUUGCUUUUGCUAUGUAAGACUUGGCUUGAAGAUAUACUUUCUAAAAGGAUAGUAUUAGUUGUCUAUGGUAUGUACAUGAAGCAUGAGAUAGUUUAUCUGUACCUUCCGUAAAUUUUCUUCUACGUAGCCAUGAUAGCCACAAAAAUGUGCAUAAUGGAAUAUUCCUGAGUUGUACAUUUUACAAACACAGCAAAAUAAAAUCCCGCACAAAAUAUGGUUAUUUAAGCACAUGCGUUUCAGUGACUCAUUACUCAGCAAAACUGAACUUAUUUUUCUUAGCAAUAUAGAAUAGACUGCAAAAUUUCAGAUUUCAACACCAUACUGCUAAGCUGUGGAUUUACUUCAAAUAAUAUGGAAAGAACAUUUUUAGAAUUCAGAACAUGUGUUUUUCACUUUCUGAUUUCAUAAGAGUUUGAUAAACAAACAAGAAAAUCCUCCUCCUACCUACCUCAAAACACGAUUUUAAAACAUUGGACUGGAAGAAUGAUCUGAGUCUUUAUUUCCAUUUCCCUGCAAUACCAAUAAAUUAUAUUAUGAGCCUGUAGGGCUGCAUUCAUCCAAAUGCAGAGUUCAGUAGCACGGAUAUCUAUAAUUCAGCCAGUUAUCUAGACUCACCUUAUAUAAUGGAGAGAUAUAGCCAUUUGUAGGCCACGUGUAAUUUCAUUAUAACUUAGAUGUCUAAAACAGGUCAGAAGGAUAUGUACCAGAAAUUAAUUUCUGCCCAUUGACUAUAAAUCAAGCUGGAACCUAGGUAUCUGGAUCACGUGCAAAUGUCAGCACAGUCUAAAGAUAUCUGUGAUGAAUCCAUCUCUUAAAUCAGAGACAGUCACAAAUAAUAUCUUGCAGAACUUUUUUACAAACCUAAAUCUUCCCUAAAAAUGUGAUAAGCUAAAAGUAUACGCUAAUAGGAUAAACAGGAGAAAUUGAGAUUGCCAUCCAAUAUCUGAGGUCUUACAGAGGAUUAGACAAAACCAAAAAAAUCCCCUCUAACAGACAACAGUUUGCAACCAAACCUCCAUUAUUAGAAAACACCACUAUACAACUUUAAGUACUAUUGCCACUGUUAACAUAAAGCAUUCUUUCAAGAAAGGCAACAUCUUUGUACUGUGACUGAAGGAAAAAUUGUGCUGUCAUAUUAAAUAUAUCACUUGGCUGUGUGUAAAAGAGAUUAUUUUUUUAGGUGUCUAUUAAUAAACAGACAUACUGAAACAGAUGUUAUUGCAUAGCAAACCUGAGCUGAAGUUCAGAUAGGCAUCCAGGCUAAAUGGUUAUGGUGAACUUACUUCAGUUUUAACAGUUUAAGCUCAUGAUCCCAGAAGAAAAUGACAGUCUUUUCCUAGUGUCUGGCUCUUUUCCAGGAAGGGACAGUUAAAUUUAAUAAGUAUAUGCCUCUGUGUGUGUGGGCAGCAAGAUGCAGUAAAGUAUCUACCUCUAGGCACCUACCUCAGAGGAGCUCUCAAGUAGCUGGAUUUCUAUUAUAUGUAAAAGCCCACUGCCAUUAUUAUUCACAAAACACACUGCUAGUUUAGUCUCAUAUGGCAAACUGAGUAAUAGCCCUCCUGGUGUCUAUACAUGUUUAUAGACAAUGGUCCAAGACAGUAUUAACUUUUAUUUUCAUCAGGUUCAAGCUGACUGCGAACUGCAGGCCAGCUGCCUGCCGCUGGUGUGCCCUGUGCCAAUUAGCUCUGUCAGUCAGAAGCCCACUUUAACAUUAGCUCUGACCUUCUACCUCUUGCUCAGUUCCCUGAAUUUAGAAGAUCAGCCUCAGUGUGGGCACAGAUUUAAGCCCUUCUGUUCAGUCUCUGAAAUGGAUGGACAAAAGGCAGCUGUGGUCUGCCUCUGUGGUGCCAAGCUGGUGCGGUGCUGUGCUUGCUCAUGUUGGCCCUGCUCUCAGUGUUCUUAAAGGACAACUGCAGCCUCACUUUCCAGGGACAUCACAGUGAUACCUGUUAUUAAUCCCUCUUUCUGUGGCUGCUUAUCACAGAUGCAGAAAUCUUGAGGCCAGAGGUGAUUUUCUCUUCCCCUGCCCCGGGUGGGAUGGGAAUCCUGUGGAAGGAAGGGCCUGCCAGUGAAGGGCACAGCAGGGGGUACCAACUCUGCUGACACAAGUGAGAAGCUGUACCUGGGACUAAACACAAGUUGUCAAAAUCUAACAGAGGGUGUCCAGUACAAACAAUGCCUUGCUUCCUAUUUUUCUCCAAUAAUAGGAAAUGUGGUAUUGUUGUCACCACAGGGUCUCCAUCAGAGUUCAGCAACCCAUGUUUACUUCCUUUUUUUCCGCUUCUUAUGUGCCUGUGUCAGCAAACACGAUCCCUUCCUGCUGUUGUCCUCAGUGCUGAGACGAACACCCCUUGCAAAUAGUCCUCCCCGCAGUUUGGCAUGAGGGGCUUAAAUAUCACUGUGAUGUAUUAUCUCCAAUAUAUUUCAUCCUUCCUGAAUGAACCAUUUUAGAUUCAAAUUAAAGUUAUAGACAGUAUAGAGAUCAAUUAAAUGAUAAUAUUUUCUCAUGAUUAGGCUAGUCUUUUCCUUUAAGCAACUCUCAUAUUGGGUGUGCUUCCAGUAGUGCCAGAGCACAUCUCACUUUUCAUGUGAGAUUGACAUAGGUCUUAGAAAUGCAGAUCAUCAUUUGCAUCAUUAUUUUCAGAUAAAUUAAUAAAUUCAUUGUGAGAACUGCUUCUUUCCCUGUGAAUAUUUGAAGUGGUGGACAGUGAAAGUAACAGCAGUUUUGUAAUAAUAUUUGUCUCAGGCACUGCCUGAAAUUCUCAAGCAAAGCACUUCUAUGAGCUUUGAGGCUUUAAUAUUGGUUGCACAGUGAAUAUCUAGGACAAGAAAAAGAAUUUUAACCCGAGUCUUCUGAAUGUUUUUGUGUUUCAUUUGGCCAUCCAGUUUCAUCCCUUCCAGCAUUUAUUGGGUCAAGGCAAGUAUGAUGUGAGAGACUGGUGAAAAAUAGCAAUUGUAAUGACACAUACAACUUUUUCUUCUCCAACAAAAGAGUUAACAUAAUUUUUGCAAUUAAAAAAAAAGGGCUUUUUAUGUGAACUUACAAAAACAUUUUGCUCAGAAUUCUUGAGUGAAGUUAUGAUCUGGUCUAAGGUACAACUUACCUUUUAUGUAUGCAUUUAUUUUAUCAUCAGUAUUGCAGAUGAUUCAGUUUUUUUCCUAUACACAAAUGGUGAGUUUUUGUAAAUUUUAAGAAAUAACAGAACAUUUUUUUGGAGCUCUGAAGCAAAUUCUGUAUUAUCUCCAGCAAAAUACAGCUUUUUAAAUAAUGUAGUAGCUAGCAUUGCUUAUUAAUACAAAGAAGUUUCUAAUUACUCUGUAAAGCCUGAUGUGGUAUUUUACUAUGCCUGUAAAUGGAGCACUCUGAAAAAGUCCAAGUUAAUUGCAUAUUUACUGUUAAUUACUGGACAAUUUUGUUCAAAUGAGAAAAAAAUUAGACUUUUGCAACAUGUUAGCUGCAUUGAGUGCUCGCAAUUUUGCCUUUAAGCUUCUGCUGAUGAUCUUUAGAGCAUUUUUAUUACACUUUUAAUUGUUUUAACAAAAUCAUGUGAGUGCUGAUCUUAACUUACUAUAUGUUUUAAAUGGCAGGUUCACACACUGUGUCUCAGUAUAUGCUGAAUUCCAGUAGCAUUAGGCACAAGCUGUGUUCAGGUGUCUCCAGAUAUCAGCACUCAUUUUAAAGUCUAUAGCAUCUAAAUACACUUGUGAAUAUACACAGAGGAUUAUAAGGAAAAAUCCUGCAUAUCAGACAAAGAAACUGUGAAAGAAAUCCCAAACAAAUGAUGAAAUGUUCAUAAACCUAGGAUAUCCUUCUGUGAGAUCGUUUUCUGAAUGUUGAGCUUCACAAGAACCUCUUGUGCCUCAGUAAUUUGAGAUGCUUGUUGGUUUGGCAAUUGGUCACACAAAAUAAACUGUCUAAACAUCAUGUGUGAUAAUCAGCCAAUCAGGUCUCCAAAGAGUCUUUAAAUGUUCAAACUCGACAAAGGCUCUGUAUUUAUCAAUUCCAGAUUAUUGUCUUGGACAGCAGCUCUCUGCCAGCCUAGUUAAAGAAGAGACAGAGACCAAAAAUGCCACCAGCAAUAGGAGCGCCACAGUACCCACCUCCAGAUGGAGGCUGGGGAUGGGUUGUGGUCUUUGGGGCUUUUAUCUCCAUUGGAUUUUCCUAUGCAUUCCCCAAAGCCAUCACGGUAUUCUUCAAAGAAAUACAAGAAAUCUUCCACACAUCAUAUAGUGAGAUAGCUUGGAUAUCAUCAAUAAUGUUGGCUGUCAUGUAUGCAGGAGGUCCCAUAAGCAGUAUUUUGGUGAAUAAGUAUGGUAGCCGGCCUGUGAUGAUAGCAGGAGGUAUCCUGUGUUCAUUUGGAAUGAUUGCUUCCUCUUUCUGCAAUAGCGUCCUGGAACUUUACAUAUGUAUUGGUGUUGUUGGAGGUCUGGGAUUAGCAUUCAACUUACAGCCUGCCUUGACCAUGAUUGGCAAGUAUUUCUAUAAGAAGCGUCCAAUUGCUAAUGGAUUGGCCAUGGCUGGAAGUCCAGUGUUUCUGAGCACAUUGGCACCUCUCAAUCAAUUCCUCUUUAAUGCCUUUGGCUGGAAAGGAAGCUUUCUCAUUCUGGGAGGACUUCUAUUGAACUGCUGUGUGGCUGGGUCACUUAUGAGACCUGUUGGACCAAAACCAGUCCCUCCUGUGAAAAAAGAUGCUGAGAAAGGCACAGGAGAUUCUACCUUGCACAAAAACAACAAGAAGUCUUUUUGGCAAACUAUGAAUAAAUAUCUAGAUCUGUCCCUCUUCAAACACAGAGGGUUUCUGAUCUAUUUGUCAGGAAAUGUCAUUAUGUUUAUCGGGUUUUUUGCUCCAAUAGUAUUUUUGGCUCCGUAUGCGAAGCACAAGGGAAUUGAUGAAUAUUCUUCUGCUUUUUUGCUAUCUAUCUUAGCCUUUGUAGACAUGUUUGCUAGGCCUUCAAUGGGACUUGUAGCAAACUCCAAGUUUAUCCGGCCAAAGAUUCAGUACUUUUUUAGUUUUGCUGUUUUCUACAAUGGCGUCUGUCACGUCUUGUGUCCUCUGGCAACAAAUUACACUGGCUUGGUGAUAUAUGCUGUAUUUUUUGGGUUUGCAUUUGGCAUGGUUAGCAGUGUUCUUUUUGAGACAUUGAUGGACCUUGUUGGGGCUGCCAGAUUUUCCAGUGCAGUUGGACUUGUCACCAUUGUGGAGUGUUGCCCUGUACUCAUAGGCCCUCCUCUGGGAGGUUGGUUAGUGGAUGUUACUGGUGAAUAUCAGUACAUGUAUUUUGUCUGUGGAGUGAUUGUGAUUGUGGCCAGUAUCUGGUUGUUCAUUGGCAACGCCAUUAACUACAGGCUUUUGGCAAAAGAAAAGAAGCUAGAAGAUGAGAAGCAGAAAGAACAGAAGAAUGCUGACCCGAAGGAAGCAGAACCAUUAACGAACAAUGAGAAUGAAGAUGCUGCCAGCAGAGCUGACAAAGCUGUUGAAGAUCCUUCAGAAAGAGAAACCAAUAUUUAAUCUGCAGUAUAACUCACAAUGCAGCAUUUAUGACUUCCAUUAGAAAUAUGUCUCCAAGACACAGGCCAGGUUUUGUGGUAAUAAUGAUCAGUCACAAUAUUGGAUGGGAACAGAUUUUGCCAUGUGGCAAGACUCAAAUUACUAUCUACAGUUUAUUUAUUUCAGUGAUACAAAAUUGAGAUUACAGGGGUAGAGACUUCAUGCAAAUGAGUCCAUCAGAUCAUGACUCUGGACAAUCAAGAGUCCGGUAAACCACACUAUAAGGCCUUCCAAUGUCAAACAGAUUUGUUUCAAAAUUAUAUCUAAUGCAAAAGCAUCUCUUAGUCUUAUUUGGGAAGAUACUUUGUGUUCAUCUUUAGAGUGUUAUUAAAGUCUGUUGAAAUAAUCUGCCCAAACUGUACUUACCACUAAUAUUACAAAGAAUAUAAGCUCAAAGAUCUGUUUCGAAAGAGACAAACCACCUGGGUGAAGCACACUAAAACUUUUUUCUCUUUGGUAUGCCCACUAGAUCAAAAAGAUACAUUAUAUCUGUAUAAACAAUUAUAAUAUGAAUGUAAAAGUUAAGGCUAGAAAACAAACAAUUGGUGGGCAUCAUCUCUAAAAUGCAAUAAACAGUUGAAUUACAAGAUAUUCCAGAAGUUGUUUCCUCCUGUGAUAGCUGACUACAUUGUACUUCAACAUAUGCAUUUGAACACAAAAUACGUUCAGACCUCACUUAAUUCAAACUAAGCUAAAAUCUGCCUGUACAUAAAAGCCUUUAAAACUAAGAUUUACAUGGCUAACAAGAGAGGCAAUUAGCUUGUUUGGUUAUGUAUUCCUGUAUGGCUGAAGGAACUGGGCUGGACUAUGAAGCCUUCUUCCAAAAGGGACUAGAUUCAGAACUUGCUGAUGUUAAAAAGAUGCUUAACCUUGGCUUUUGUGGCCUGAAUCAGGUUCAUGGCAAUGACUUCAGAGUAGAUGCAUGGGUUUAUUGACAAGUCACUAGUUGUUCGACAGUCUACUGAGAGGAGAGUUAAGGUCGAACUUCAGCUCUUUGCAGACAGGUAACUUCAUACCAGUUCUCUCCUCCCUUUCCCAUGUAUUCAGUGAAAAGUUAAUUCUUGUUACUUAUGCCAGUUUGAGCAAAAUUGCUGCAAGGCACAUACAACAGUGCCAGUCUGGAAGCCUUGUAUUAACAUAUCAUUUUUGUGCCAGAUAUUUGGUCUUGUGUCUACAAUUUCACACUGAUAUUUGUAUCAAUUAAAAUGUACACAAUUGUUUCUCUUCAUUUAGGCUAAAGAAAAUGUGAAUCUACAAUUUUACUUCACAGAAAUUAUUUAGCAUUGGACUUGAAAACUAAAAGUGCAAGCUUCUGAAGGUAUUAAGUGACAAUAUUUCUGUUCUAUUUGUAGGUGAGGAAAGGAGCUAUUCAUUUGGGAGACGUGCAUAUAAAUGCCUCAAAAAUUGUGAAAAUUAAGGGUCUGAUUCAUAAAACAUUUAUACACUGUUUAUGCAGGACGCACAUAGAUUCAAUUAACAGAAAAGCAUAUCACUCAUUUUAGCCCUCUUUUAAAGCUGAAAAAGUUGCAAAUAUAUUGUACUGACAACAAGCUGUGUUAAACACACAUUGAAGUGCCAAUAACAAAAGAAAAAAAAUAAUAGUAAAAUCUAGCAAAUAAGUCAGUGCUUUUAGGAAAGCUAUUCCUGAAGAGUGGUGUCCAAUAUAAUAUUUUCAUUCUUCUAAAAGUUUUGCUUCUGUUUUGCUGUGUUAUCAUCUUAUAAACUAUGAACUUCCACAGUAAUGCUGAACUUUUUCAUUAUGUUGGCACAGUUUUAGGGGAGAAGCAUCAUGAAUCUACUCACAGCAUGGUACAGAAAUUAAUACCUGCUUUUUAGCUAAUGAUAUGCAAAAAACACAAACACCUUCUAUAAGUCCUGUAAUUUUAUGGGUGCAUCAGCAACAAAAUAUGUGCUUUUCAGAGUUUUUGGGGAAAAUACUGGUUACAUGCUCAGAUUUGAGCAGUGAACUGUGUAAAGGAGAAUUAUUUAGUCCCCAUAAAAUAAGAGUUCCUCUCCCAGUCCCCAGCUUCAGGGAAGAAAUAAAAACAUAGCGCCUUCUUCCAAACCAUAGCCCUGACAGCACUCCAUGAGGUAAAAAUAGUGCUCUGGUUUUGGCUAUACAGAUAUACAGGGUGAAUUCCAGGAUCUGUGAAUGCUCUAUGUGCCCAGAGCCAAAAACUAAUGAAGAGUUUCAUCGACACUCGGCUUUCAUACAAUGAGGAAUAUCAUUUAUACAUACUGGAUUGGGAAAGAUUAACUGAAAUUUUAGCUGAAGAGUAAUCAUCAGGAACAUCACUCUGCUCUUGACAGCAAGUGGUAGAAAGGCAGAGAUUAUCUGAAAAGAGAUUAAUAUAGAGGUUGAACCAAAAUAACUGAGGCAAAGUUCUAGGUGCUUAUUAUCUCUUUGCAAAAAAGUUUGAUUAAGAUUUCAGGUAGAAGACAACUAGUGUCAACUUUUGACUUAAGUCUCUUAAAAGUUGCUGCUGAGUAAAUACAGGACUCAGAAAAAAGAUCAAAAAGGUUCUCAGGAAACGUGCAAGCAACUUAUGUAUUUAUGCAGGAUCACAGAAUGUGAAGCAACAUAGCAUAGGAAAUAAGGGAAAAACAAGGUUCCUUGAGCCAUAGAUGCACUUGACCAACAGCAACAAAAAUUAUGUUGCUAUCUCAGAGGAAAUAAAAAUUUAUAUAAACAUAAUCCUCUGCAGAGGUACUUCUCUUUCAUCUCUGGUCAAUUAUAUUGAUAAAUAACAGGAAUGAAUGACCUGCAUUACCACCACUCACCAGUGUGCAAUUUUUAAUCCCAUCAGGUAAAAUGAUGGAGCAGACAACUAGAGCAAUAUAAAGUGGGAACUGAGUCGAGUGAAACAUUCCCUUACACCUCUUUCAUUACUUUUCCUCUUAAUACUAGCAACAGAACAAAAACCAUCAGAAUAUGCUGAUAUUACUGAAAAUUAAAAUUAAAAUCCAGAAAUGAAUGAAGAAAAUUGGAACCAUAUCUAUGCAAAACCAGUCAGGAAUUAAAAAAACCCCGUGUCUUCCAAAUAACAGGUCUUAAAGGGGCAAUUGUCUUGAAUAUGUAGCUCUUAAUUCUAAAAGUAAUAAUAAUAAUAUAUUGCCUUGAAUCAAUUCUAUACUGAGCAGCAGAGUAGUGAAAUUAGUGUAACUAGGCUUCAGACCCCUGAAUAUCACUCUUACUUGCAAUGAGCUGCAAUUUGUACUGCAAAUAAUUUCAUCAUCACAUUUCUGCUUUCAAGAUAAGACCUGGGUAUAUACCGUCUCUCUAAAUCCUCCUAGUUUCUUUUAAUUACCUCUCCCCAUGUCUGGACUACUGCAAGGUCAGGACUAAGAGAUACCCCUCUCCUGCAAUGAAGAAAUGUGCUCUCAAACGUCAGGACAUACCACGUGAAUCUGUUUUGCACUGUGGAGUCUGUAGUCUCUGUCAGUCAUUGCAAGCAAAUCCUUAACUGAUCUUAAUCUCAUUUAUACUUAUGUAUGAAGUCAUCCUCUUCAUGUCUCUGUCACAAUUAUUAUCUUGCUCUUAUUUGAUCAAUCAAGAAAAAUAAUGCCAAAAUUUUAGAAUUAGUAGAAAAGGGGAUAAUUUAAAUAAUAUUUUUCCUAUUUAAUGUCAAAGUUCUAUUUUAAGUAGUUUCAGAGUAUACAUGUGGAUACUUUUAUGUCUUUAGGGUUUUUUGAUAUCAUACUCUCUAGUAGCUGCAGGUUUCUUCUGUAUUGCCCUUUUCAACUCCAGAGGAAGACUUCUCACCAGUAAUUCUCAGUACUUUUUCAAGAACAUAUCAAAGGUUCAUGCCUCCCACCUCUCCAUGUUGAAUUGUGAUUGCAACUGUUGCCAGUUCUGUAUUUCAUUUAAAAUCCCAAAAGCAUCUUUUUAUAUGAAUUCCUGUAACAUAAGUAAUCAGAGUACAAUUCUUUUAUUUCAGGAAUAUGAUGUAUGAACUGUUUUGACAGAGCUAGGGAAAAUCUUAUUUUAUCUUCAAAUAGAUUUUUUUUUUUUAAAUGAUGCUGUCCUUAUGAGGGGAAGUUCAAAUUACUACUGCAGUGAAUGGCAGCAAUUUCACUGACAUCAGGAUUCAAAAUUUGCAUGAGUUUUAUUGGUCUUUUUGUAUGUCAGCAUCCAGUGUGCCUAAAAAACAUUUUUCAGUAUGUACAUAACUGUUCCUCCCAAAGAAGUCCUAUUCCUCUUGAAGGUUCCCCACCCCCACCCUGUUUUCCAUUUUGAUUUUCCAUUUCCAAAAUGGCAUGUAGUGACUUACAUGCUUCCUUUUUUCCUAAGCAACAUUUUUCACUUGCUACUUUCAUGUCUGGAUGGUUGUGAGUAUCAGUGGGGGGUAUUAUUCAGAUACAUAAUAAACUUCAGAUACCAUAUGUGGCAAGAUUUGUAGCAGCAGUCAGGAUUUCACUGAACAAAGCCACUGACCACUUUUAUGGAUGAACAUGCUGUAACUGAUACGGACAGUUUUACCUAUAACAAAAUUGAAUCAAGGCAACUUUUGUUAGUUUCUCUAUAGAUUACUAUUUUUCUACUAAAAGAGAAGAAUAUAAAGGGAAUUUUUAAAUAAUUAUUUUCUGAGAUGACAUAUCAAUUUUAACAAGGCGCUUUGGAUUUUUUUUGAGUGUGGGUGCUCUUCCGAUAUUUUUGCAUAUAUAUUGAAAGUGUUUGCAUGUUUUAUCACCUUUUUGAUCACAAUUUGCAUAAGCAUUGCUAUGUAAUUUCAACAUUAUUUGCAUAUUGUUGUUUUGCAGUUCAAAUUUUUCUCAUAAUCUACCUCUUAACUCAAGUUUGGAGACUUGCAUGACUCAGUUAACAUACAGUUAGCAAAAAAGCAUAAUGACAAAACCUCUACAGACUAUUAGAAAGUCUCCCAAAUAUUUUAAGCUACUUACAGUUCUAUUUUUAAGUCAGUACAUAUUUAUGACCAAAUUAUUGUUUCAAUUGGCAUAGCUUUAUUAAAUCUAAAGAUUGUAACCCAUACUUGUGUAAUUUUUACAUCACUGAACUGGUAUAAAAACUCAACAUAUUCUGUAGAUAUUCAAAGUCUACUGCCCUUUUUGUGAGAUGCUGGCUCUCUUUUUUUUUUUUUUUUUUUUUUUUAAUUUUAUUUCCAUUUCUCAGUUAGUGAAAGUAACUAAAUGCAAACAUUAUGUAGUUAAUAUACCCAAGCAGUUUUUAAAAAGUAUUACAGAACACAUUUUGCAUCCUCGAAAAAAAAAAAAAGAAGUUUCUUUGGUUUAGAAAUAAUACAGAAUUUUAGCUUGAUUUCCCUUUUGUGGGGCAGAUGUGGGAGAUGGUCACAGAAUGUUGGACUGGGGCCAAGGAAUAAUGGUUGUCCUUCGUAUACUCUUUACAAAACCAGAGAUGAUUUUUUCUUCAAAUAUAUUCUUCUUUUUAUUCUGCAAACUAUUCUUGACUUCUAGAAUCUAGUAUGAAGUCCAAUGAAGCCAACAUAAAAAUCCCUUUCAAAGUCAAAAAGCUUUAUCAGACAUUGGAGGUAAUGUGGCUUCAAUGGAGGCUUCAGCCUUAUUUUCUCCAUAUCAGAUCUCAGGAGUGUCAGACAUAACACAGCAAAUGCAGAAUUUGUGGCAACUGGCAAUCAAGCUAUGCUUGCAUAAUAUUCUGAAUGAGUCAGUCCCUAAAUUAACGCACAAUAUGUAUCAUUUUAAUAGCCUAUGUAAAUAAAGAAAAAUAAUCAAACAUUAACGCUGAAUGUAGAUUAUAAAAUAUAGUGGAUAUAUUUAAAUAAAUAUCCAAACAAUUCUGUUUUACACCAAAGGAAAUUAUCUAUUUUCUUUCAAGCCUUUCUUCAUCAGUUUAUAAUCUUCAUUUUUGUUAUUUCCAGAGAAAAUGGUUUAUGUCUUUUGGGAAUGUGUAUAUAGAUUUAUAUACAAGGGAAUACAUAUGCAUAUGUGUGUGUAUAUUUAUUCCCCUAUAUAUAAAACUCUAAUUUAUAUAUAUUAUAUAUAUUUAUGUAUAUAUAAAAUAUAUAUAAUGUCUUAGAGUAAGUUAUAUACUGUGCCUGAUAAAUAAAUCAUAUUUGUAAGCAGAUAAAAGAUUUCAGCAAAUGACAAAAAAAUGUAAAGGUUUUCUACAAGAGUAAUAUUUUAUAGUUUUUCCAUUUCCGCUGGUUUUAUUUAUUUUGGAAAUUCAUUCAGAAAACUGCAAUAUUAUAUAACACCGGUAUUUCAACCAUGAUUGUGUUCAAAGUGGCAUAAGAUCACUGAGAAUUUUCAUUGUUGUUAGACUGUAAAACCUACGUUGUUGGUGGAGGGGUUGAUUGGUUGGUUUUGUUGUGAAGGUAUUAACUAGAUGAUCUCUGAACAGAUGGUAACACAUAGACAGAGUUUUUGUCUAUCUUAUUCUGUAUGACAAGAUUAUAUGAGGUAUUGAGGGACAUGAUACUGUUGUAAAAAGUGUGGAUAAUGAGGGUACUCAAAGCCCUGAAAACAGUUUUCCUGUUAAAUUAUCUUUUCCAGAAUUUUUGUUUUUUACUUGUCUGCAAGUAGGCAAGCCAGUGAAAUGUCUACAUUUGUCUCUGGCUCCUUAAAAGUUCUACCUUAAAGUUAUUGAGAUACUUUUUGAGAAUGGUGAAGUACUUAAAAAAUACCCUUCCUGAAGUGUGACAUAGGUGCAUUUUCCAUUUAUAGCCUACUUGGAAAGUUCACCAUAUCUGCAGUCUACCAACAGAACUUGGUAUUGCUAUGCAAUAAUGAAACAUGCAGUAGCCAUAGUUGUUGAGUAACAAAUUUUUUUCUUUUUGUAUUUUGCAAUACUGUAUGGUUUUCACUUGAAUAUAUUGGCUAGUUUUUGUUUUUGUUUUUUUUUUGACAAUCAUUUAUUAGUUAGAGGUGCUAUUUAUGUUCCAAAGAGACUUGGAUGAAUGAUAACAUUCUCUUUCUAGAUGCCAAAUCCUUUUUUGACCUGACAAAAUUCAUUGUUCAUAAUGUGUAUUAACCCGGUAAAAUGCUUCUGCACUGCAUUACAUUGUAUUUAAAAGCAUAUGUGCUCAUUAACUUCUAUUCCAAGCUUGUACUAGUGUCUAAUAUGUCAAGUUUGCCCAUAUAUAUUUAUGAAAAAUUAGAAUGAAAAAUGUGUAAGAUAAACAAUUAAAAAAAAAGGGAAAUUAAAAUAAAAUUUCCAUGUAAAUUUCUGAAAGCAUGUAACUGCUGUUUUUUAGACUCUUUAAUAGUAAGUUAUUUACACUUUUAAAGUAUGCAAAUAUUCAUAUAUUAAUUGAUUCGCUAUUCAAAUGUAGCUAAGAUCUGAGAAUCGCUUCUCCUUGCAUACAGGGACAGAACUGGAAAAUUUCCUGUGUAGAAAGACACUAUGAGCAGCAGAACAUGCUACCAGCCCCUUGCUGUUCCUAAUUCCACAAUUAUGACUUAAUCUCAGACAUUACUCAAAUACCAUCUGGGCACCCAGGAUUUUUCCCCAUUACUCUGAGUGGGCUGUUUUUCUAUAUUCCAUGUACAUGCAAUAUCAUUCAUUUAUCACUAAUGCUCAUUUUUAUACAGAAAAAUCUAUCCACAUGGCUUGAAAUAGUAGAUGUGGUUAACUCUAUUCUCAUUUUUAUAAGAGUUCUCAGAUGCUACAUAUUUGUCAAUUGACUUAAGGUUAUGAUUGCUUGCCCCAGUUAAAUCGGUCUUUAUUUAUUGAAUGUGAUUGGAUAUCUAAACUUAGAGAUAUUAAAGAGAAAUUGGAGAUAAUAUUAAUAUUAGAGAUGCUAAGGUCACAGAAGCACAAUAAGCUACUUGGAAACAAAGGUCUAAAAGAUGAACUACUGAAUAAGAAAGAAAUAACUUUGUCUAUGAAAACAAAUUGUGUUUAUUUUUAGAUUUCUAAUAACUGUAAAAUCUGCUUUCAAAGUAUAUUAUCUAUAAUCUUUAUAAGGAAGUGCUAAUUCAGCUAUCAGAGUAUAUUUAGAUUUUGGAAUGGCAGAUUCCAGCUAUUAUUUACAAAUUACCUCACAUCAAUAUUUCAAAUUGGUGUAUCUGAAAGAAAAGUAAGUUUUAAAAAUUGAUAUUAAAAACUAAUAUUAAUCUUAAUUGAUCUGCCUUUUAGCAUUUUGUCAAAAUUUGGAGUAAAUGGGCCUGCAAGGAAACUAAGUUACUUUCCCUCUUUCAUGUGCUAUUCUUCUCCUAACUUUUUCACUCAUACUAACCACACUGAAAAAAUAUCCAUCAAGUAAUAUGUUUUAGCCGCAAAGCAUGGAUCUUCAUUUUUAAAAAAAAAAAAAAAACAACAACAUCCAAACAACAGCAAUAAGUAAAACAUAAUUGGGAGGGGGAGUUACUUUCCAACCAUUGAGAAAAGCAAAAACUCUCAAAUUUUAUGAAAAAAAAAAAAUCUCUGAGAAAUUUCUUGGCCAAAUCUCCAUAAAGAAAAAACUGAAUCAAAAUGCAGGGGAUACUGUUCAGCAUUUGCAGAUAUCAUCCUAAAAUUUUGCACAUGUUGUUUCAAUUAAAGGUAUAAUUAGAUGCUAAUGCCUGGAAAUUGGCAAUUUUAAUGAGUGCUUUUAAACAGUAGUAUCUAUGCAAAAGUUUAUUUUGUUUGGUUACAAAAACUAUUAAUUUUCUUUCUUUUGAUAUGUCUCUGACCCCAACUGACCAAAGGGAUAUUGCUUACCUUCUCAUGUCAUGCUCAGCAUAUAAAGCUGGGGGAAGAAGAGGAAAGGGGGUGACAUUUGAAAGUAUGACAUUUGUCUUUCCAAGUAACCAUUACACGUGAGUUAGCCCAGCUUUCCUGGAGGUGGCUGAACACAUGCAAGCCCAGGGAAGCAGUGAAUGAAUUCCUUAUUUUGCUUUGCUUGCAUGCACGUUUUUUUCACUUUACCUAUUAAAUGGUCUUUAUCUCAACCCGUGACUUUUCUCACUUUUACCCUUCCAGUUCCCUUCCCCAUCCUACUGUGGGGAAGCGAGCAAGCAGCUGGGUGGUGCUUAGUUGCCUGCCUGGGUUAAACCAUGACACGUCUAUAAAACCACUGCAGAUUUACUGUAACAGCAGAAGAAUUUUGGUGCCUUCUAUACCAACUAUACACCAGCCAACCCAAGUCUUAUGGCUUUUCUGCUUCAUAAUUCCCUUUUUGAGGAACCGCUUUUCUUGUGGGUACCUUCCAACUCAGGACAUUCUAUGAUUCAUAUAAUUUUUCAUAAGUUGGAAAUGUGCAUAAUCUAUUUGAACCCUUUAAGGUCUAUGAUAUUGGAAUGGGAAAUUUGCUAAUACCACUUUGCUUGUUUCUUCAUUUAAAACAGGCAGAAGUACAUCAGCACAGUUUAUUUUGGUUUUAUUGUCCUCACCAAAGUUUAUGGAGACCUACAAAACUCAAAAUCAUUUAAUAAAACUCUUUGUACAUUGAAUUCUGAGCACAAAAGCCAUGUGAAAUAUUUAGGAAAAUGUGCUAUUCAGACAUUUGAAACUUUAAAAAGUUACUGUUAAAAUAAGUUCAAACUGAAUGCUAAUAGAAAGUAUUUCUCUUGCAUAGUCUGAUUCAGAUACCCAUAAUCUAUAUGUGCUUGAAUUUUCCACAAAAUAUAUAUUUUCAGAAAUGAUCAUGUAGAACCUUAAAGCUGUAGCUAGGUACUAAAAGAAAUGGAAAAUUUUCUGAAAUAUCAUAUAUGCAUCAGCUUUCACUGACAAAGAGUUUAUUUUGGAGGAACAGUGAUUCAUUUUGCCAACCUUCAUAAUAUACUUUGAUUAAUAAUUGCAAUUCCAGUGUGGCCUGAAUGAUAGAUGAGUAGCAGUUAGGCAGUGUAAUUAUUCAGUUCCAUUACUGAACUGAAUAAUUAGGGGAAAAUGGUUGUGGUUGAUCUGAAGGGUUUUUUUUUUCCACUCACAGAAAAACUGUUUCUUUAUCUUAAUUACAAAACAAAGCUCUUUUAUUCCAUUUUGGAUCUUCUGAAUGGAAAUAAAGGGCGAGUUGGAUACCAUAUAUGAAACAACAGGAUUAGGCAAUCAUCACAUAAUUCAUCAGACAUGCGGAGAGACAGAUUCAUUUCUUUCUUCUCUCUGACAUGAACCAACCUAUGAUUCCCUCUUCUAAAGCUGUUUGGGAUUCAAGAGUGAGUUCCUGUGCUGCUGAUAAUUUUUACCGAUGCAGAGACAGGCAAUCUUUUGUUCCGCCUUGCGUGACGGCACUCUAGCAUCUGGACUACAUGUCUUCCAACAGCCAAUAUUUUAAGCAAAGUGAAGGAGCACCAAUAAAAUAAAUUGUUGAUACCUGCACGCCAGAAAAAAAAUACUAAUUGUGUUUGGGGAAUAUUAUAGAAAAUGCAUUGGUUUGAAAAUAUACACUAUCCAUAUAUUUUGAAAGACUGAAAUAAAGUAGUUUGUAAUUGGUAA